AGGAUUCAGAGGUUUGCAUCAUGUCAUUAGCAUCGGGACACAAGGGGCGGCCUGGUUCAAUCAUGGACAAGAAAAUACAUCAGAACCCAAGAUAUAGAGGUGUGAGCAGUCGAACAAAUACUGGGUCUAGCUUGUCUAAAUAUAACCAAAAGAUGGACGAUAUUAAAAACAACUAUAAGUUCAAACAAGGAGAGAUAUUCAAACGGAUGAAGGUCUCUACUUUUGUUCAGCUUGUUAUACAAGUAGAAAACUACAUCCCAGAAGAACAAAUUGGUCUCAGUCCCAUACCUGACGAUGAUUCUCUUCCACCAACCCCCAGUCCAGAUGAACCACCUUGCACUGACAGAAGUUGUGAUUCAAGAUUUAGUGACGUCAUCAGAGGUAUUGGAGAGUAUGAUGCUAGGAAACCUCAAGUUCCAGAAACUCUAUGUGAAAAACCAGAUAAACCUUAUCUUCUGCUAGACGUGCGUACAGAGGAUGCUUAUGAUUUGUGUCACAUAAUUGGUGCUGUGAAUUAUCCAAGUGCUAUGCUGUCCCGGGCUCAGAAUUGUUUCACAAAAGAAAUGUUGAACUAUAUUAAUAAAGAUGGUAAAAUAAUAAUAGUAUAUGAUGAAGAUGAGAAGUUGGCCCAUAUGUGUUCCACAACGAUGAUUGAGCGGGGAGUAGACAACUUGUUUAUGUUGUCGGGUGGACUUAAAGUAUUGAGUUCAAAGUUCCCUGAAGGAAUCAUCAGAGGGCCUCUCCCCAAAGUUUGUCUUGUCGAUGCUGACGGUCGACUGAAGAAACCUAAAUCAAAGGUUACUCCAACACCAGCUUGUGAAAAUAUUGCUGGAAAUGAUUUUACAGAGUCUGACCUAGAAGUUUUAGAGGAUACUCUCGAUAACCUCAUGUUGAGUAUGGCUGGUCCUUCAAGAAUCGGAGGUAUGAGCAGAGCUCAGAGCAUGCUGUCCAACAAAAAUGCUGCUCAAACCAAAAGUUGGAAAUGAGUCACAUUUUCUAUCAUCACUACGCUGGCUGUAGACUUACAUAGAUUUGAUUAAUUUAUUUGUUUUUACUUACAUGAAAGGUUGAACAAC